AAUAGGCCAAAGACUAGCAUCUUACCCCGGUAAGAUGCCAAGAACCCCAAACACAAACCCUUGAACCCCAAAAACUCCACAAACAAACACACCCAAAAGAACUGCCCAAAAAGGAGAAGAAAAAACUAGUUGUCAACACCACUCACCACUCACUCUUUCCCACCAAAUUUAAUGCAAUCCCCUCUGUGAGUAUUAAAUGCAGCAGCUGGGAGCACCCUACAACUUUCUCAAUCUCACCCCCAAAAAAAUCCCAAUGGCUAAAACCCCUUCAUCCCUCCACCACCACCUCCUCCUCCUCCUCCAAUGUCCCCCCUCCCUCCUCCCCUCCUCAAAUUACCUCACUACCCUCGGCCUCGGCUACGCCAUAGCCAUCGCCCUUGGCUUUCUCGUCCUUCUCUCCACCCUCCUCCUCGCCUCCUACAUCUGCUGCCGCGUCUCCCGCCACCAUCGCUCCCAGCCCCAAACCCAAACCCAAAACCCCAACUCCUCCUCCGAGGGCGUCAUCCUCCCCCGCAUCAUCUUCGUCGCCGAGGACGACGUCGAGAACCAAGAAAACGACGAUGAGAACUCCGUCGUCGGCCUCCACCAGAACGUCAUCAACUCCUACCCCAAGUUCCCCUUCUCCAAGGAAAUCGGCGGAGGCGAUGCCUCCACGUGCUCCAUCUGCCUCUGCGACUACCACGAAUUCGAGAUGCUGAGGAUGAUGCCCGAGUGCCGCCACCACUUCCACCUAUUGUGUCUCGACGCGUGGCUCAAGCUCAACGGCUCCUGCCCCGUCUGCCGGAACUCGCCGCUGCCGACUCCGCUGUCGACGCCGCUGCAGGAGGUGGUGCCGCUGAGCCAGCACGCCGCCGAUCGGAGAUGGAGGAGACUUUCGAAAGACAAAGUCAAUCAAAGCACUGAGAGUAGCAGUGAAGUGAAGCACGUGCUUUGUCAGUGUUGCCGUUAAUCCUCUAUAAAUGUCUCUGAUUCACACUACAACAUAAGAAUGAACGACCAGAAGUCUAAUCAAGGACCAUGAAAUACAACUGUUGCAACUGUAUUUUCCAUUGACUAAUUCAUCCUCUGUUAUCAUUAUUAUUA